UGCCGCUAUACUUGCAGUAAGGAUUAGUGCAAGAGAUGGAGAAGAAGGAAGGAAUGGAGAUGGAAGCAGCAAAAGAAAAGGAGGCAGCUGAGGCUGAGACAACUGAGAUAGAAACCAAAAGGUCCAGCAGUGCUGCUGAGCCAGCUCAAGUCAAUAAAAAAAUCAGACGAGAUUAUAAAACAUACCUGGAUGUUGCAGUGUGUAUAAUCCUGCUUUCCCUGUUAAUCGCCUGUGUAUGGGUAGCUCCUAUCAUUAACGGACAAAACGAGAAGAUUGCUUCGAUAGAAGCAGGGCUGGAACACCAGAUGAUGGCAAGCGAUGGAAGACUAUACGAACAGUUCAAAUGGUAUGAGGCUAACUCCACUGCAAAGAUGAACGAACUCAAAUCAAUAGUAAAGGACCUGCAGGAACACAUUGAGACUAUUGAAAACGAACUUCAGCACGAAAAAGCAAAAAAUUUAGAGCUUAAACGAAAGAUUGACGAAAACAGCGAUAAAAUUGCAGAGUGGGAAAGGCAGAAUACACAGAUGGAAGAGACAGUGCGAGAAAUUCACGAAAAUACAACUUCGGUGUUGCAAAGAAAGAUAGAGACAUUGGAAGAAGAGCUUACAAGAACCACUGCCGCCACUGAACUGGAGCUGAGAAGCAUAGUGAGAAGCAUUGCCUUCCUAAACGCCACCAAAGCCAGCACAGAGACUGUGAAUGAUCAAAUUGGACUACUAGACAGAGACAAAGUUGACAGAAGCGAGUUUGAAGUUCUAUCCACCAACCUGUCAUUUCUAGCAGAGACAAGUUCCACUGCACUUGAGGAGAUACGACAAGAGCUGAAUGAGCUAGCCGACAGUGCACUGAAUGAGACUCACUAUCACGAACUACACCAAGCGAUAGCAUCAAACGCCUCACACUUCGAGGGAAGGAUUCAAACUUUGAAUGCGAUACUUUCAACGAAAGCAGAUCAACAGGACGUUACUACAUUAUCCAAUAGAGUCUCAAAUCUCGAAGGAUCGACUGUGGACAAGGACACUUUCCAGGAGUUAAGAGACACUGUUGAGGACAUCGAUGAAAGAAAGGCAGACAAGGCAGAUCUGAAUCCACUCCAGGGAAGAGUGAAUAGUCUCGAACGCAAUACUGCCACAAAGAGUGAGCUGAGAAGCCUCAACGACAAACUAUCAGGCCACCGUUCAACUUCAGAUGGAGUUCAUGACAGGCUAUCUUCUGAUAUCAGAAGCAACACUGACAGCAUAAGUGACAACACAGGGAAAAUCACUACGCUGGAGAGCUCGACAUCAGGACUGACUCCAUCACUGCUGGUGAUAGCCUUCACUGUAUCAUUGGUCCGCUGGGCCUCAUACUGACCAAAUCAGACUGUGUGUACGUACUAUUCCUAUCAUAUACAUGUAUCAUUUUUAUUGCCCUCUUAACCAUUGAAUGUUUUAUUGUUAAGUUUUAGCCAUCAUAAACCAAGUUACACUUUGCAGCGUGAUCGCAUUAAAGUUGCUACUCAAGCUUAUUGGGUAACCAAUUAAUUUUGGCACUGUUAUACUGGCCUGAAACAAGGAAAACAGCUA